CUUGGUUGUGACGCCAGCGGCCCAGAGAGCUCCAAUCACCUUGUUUUUCGGCAUCCCAUCGACUUGAGGAAUCGAAACGAUACCCUCAAAACUUGGAUUGCGGUUGUCGAGAGGACCGGGCCGCGGAGCAAUUGUAGCCAAUUAAUUGGCCAUACGUACCAGACUUGGGUAACCCGCCAUGUCUGCCUUGGGCUCGGUCUCUUCGCUGCGGAGCAUCGCCGGCGUGCGGGCGUGUGCGUCCUUCUGCUCCCGCGCUGUCCCGGCUUCAACGGCAGCGGCACAACAGCAAUGGCGGUUUCGGCAGGGUGGUGGCGCGAGGAGGUCGGCCGCGUCCCUGUCAGUUAGCAGCGAUGCGCAGCAAAAGAUACUUGCUUCUCCCCUCCAGCAGGCCGAUCCGAUCAUGUACGACAUCAUCGAGAAGGAGAAAAUCAGGCAAAAGCAGUUCAUCAACCUGAUUCCGUCCGAAAACUUUACGUCACAGGCCGUGUUGGAUGCUCUGGGGAGUCCUAUGCAGAAUAAAUAUUCCGAGGGCUAUCCAGGCGCGAGGUACUACGGCGGCAACGAGUUUAUCGAUGCGGCCGAGAGGCUGUGUCAGCAGCGGGCGUUGGAGACGUUCGGGUUGGAUGCGAGGGAGUGGGGUGUCAACGUGCAGGCCCUCUCCGGUGCUCCCGCGAAUCUUUAUGUUUACUCAGCUCUUUUGGAAACACACGACCGCAUGAUGGGGCUCGACCUGCCGCACGGAGGGCACCUGUCCCAUGGGUACCAAACGCCGACGAAGAAAAUUUCGUUCAUCUCCAAGUACUUUGAGACGGUCCCGUACCGCCUCGACGAGUCGACGGGCCUCAUCGACUACGACAAGCUCGAGGAGAUGGCCGGCAUCUACCGUCCCAAACUCAUCGUUGCCGGCGCCUCCGCGUACAGCAGACUCAUUGACUACGCCCGCAUGCGCGAUAUCUGCGAUAAGAUAAACGCCUAUCUGCUCGUCGACAUGGCGCAUAUCUCAGGUCUGGUCGCGGCCAAGGUACUCCCGGGGCCCUUCUCGUACGCCGACAUCGUCACCACAACAAGCCACAAGUCCCUUCGCGGGCCUCGCGGUGCCCUCAUUUUCUACCGCCGCGGAGUCCGCCGCACACACCCCAAGACGGGCGCCGAAGAGAUGUACAACCUCGAGAACCCCAUUAACUCGUCCGUCUUCCCCGGCCACCAAGGCGGGCCGCACAACCACACCAUCGCCGCCCUGGCAGUCGCCCUCAAGCAGGCCCAAACCCCUGAAUUCCGCACCUACCAGUCCCAGGUCCUCUCCAACGCCAAGGCCCUGGCGCGCCGGCUCGGCGAGCCCAAGGAGAAAGGCGGACUCGGCUACAGCCUGGUCAGCGGCGGCACCGACAACCACCUUGUCCUGGUCGACUUGAAGCCGCAGGGCAUAGACGGCGGCCGCGUGGAGCGCGUCUUGGAGCUCGUCGGCGUCGCGGCCAACAAGAACACGGUCCCCGGCGACAAGUCGGCACUCAUGCCCGGCGGUCUGCGCAUGGGCACGCCCGCCAUGACGACGCGCGGGUUCGGCGAGGAUGAUUUUGAGCGUGUUGCGGAUAUUGUGGAUCGUGCCGUCACUAUUGCUGUGCGCGUCGACAAGGCGGCGCGUAAAGCUGCUGAGGAGAAGGGCGAGGCUAAGACGGCGGGGCGGUUGAAGACCUUCUUGGAGUACCUUGGGAAUGGCGAGACGGAUACCGAGAUUGUGCAGCUGCGGAGCGAGGUGGCGGACUGGGUGGGCACGUAUCCCUUGCCGUGGGAUGCGAAGGCGUAGAACAAGUCUAGAGAAGGGGUGUGGGAGAUGCUAUGGAUAACGGGAAAUGAUGCCAUGUAAACUGUUCAUGUAGCUUUGGCUUUUCAUCUCGAGGCGUUUCGCCGGGCGAGCGGGUUUAACAGUCACUUGCCCUGCUUUUUUCACUCUGGUUUUGGUCGGAUGGGAGUAAACAGUUACUAUAUAGCAUGUUCAACCUGAUGUGUGGCACGUCGCAUGGUCUAAACAGCAGCCGGAUGUGACAAGGGUGCUAUUGCUGUUGCUUCAAGAA